AAAAGCUUGAUCUCACAGUCUCUCUUUCACAAUUCUACUUAUUGUUUACAAUCGCUUUUUCCACAGUUCUUUUCUACAAUAUUAAACCCCUCAAAUCAAUGUCAAGCUGCGUACAGACUUAGUGCCAGAGGAGCCCGGUUCACAGAGCGGCAAAGGUUUCUUCCAGAGCUACUCUUCAAACGAACGUCAGCCGUUGACGGCAACCACAUACGGCCCGCCGAAACCAAUGCCUUAUCGCAACUCGCAUCCGUCAUCGAUAGCGACGGCGACCGCAGCGCCGCGACGACCCGCACCCGUCUACAGGCAUCGCGGGGUCGUGCUGCCUGCCAAACUCACGCUACCCUACGGCCAGUCGCAGCCGCAAGGAUCACUGGAUGUCAAGUACGCGCAACCCCAAACUGAUUUCAGAAAAUUCUACAAGAAAGCACCAGAAGUGUCAGUGGUUCGCAAACCCUCUAGUCCAUACAAAUUUGUCCAGUCCAGCAUCACGGACAGUGGCUCAAAAUUUACAACCUCUCCAUACAAGGACGACUACACAAAAAGCUACAAGACAAAGCAGACGUCCAGCAGUCCCUACAAGAGCAGCCAUACAUCAGACAGUUCCAAUGAGAAUUACAACGGAUUCAGCUCUCAGGAAACUGACCCACUUCCUGACCCUUUCUCCAAGAGUUCUACGAUGUCUACUACAAAGCCAAAGAAAAUAGAUACCAGCAACAGCUUCAGGUAACAAAACCAACCACCUCUCCUCCGAGAAACCUAGCCAAAUACUACAAGAAACCAGUAAACCACUUCUCGGCCAAACCUGCCUCCAACUCUCCUACAAGAGCACACCAGGAAAGGUGUUCAGCGACUCUCUCGACUACACAAGACCCGACUUCUACAAGAACCCCUCGUCGUCCCACUUUGGUUCCUCAUCUCCAUCAUCGUCCCACUUUGGCUCCACGACGUCGUUCUACGGCGGUGCAGCCUCAGGGCUGGCUCCUGUCUCCACCAAACUCGGCUCUUCUGAAUGGACUCCGAUUAACGCUCCAGCUGGAGCCGUUCCGGCCAGGUCCUUUGACAUUUCUCCGCCCGAUUUAUCCAGAUCUUAUCCACAACAAUCUCAAUAUUCACAACAUCCCCAGCACACAUAUCAACCAAGGCAUGAUUUUGCACAGUCGACAAAUACAAUUAAUUACAGAACAGGCGCCAGUUCCGAGGGUAUUGUCUCGGCCGAUGUUAUGGUAAAACAAUGAAUCAACCCUGAUCAGAUCUGUCAUUUCCAAAAUCUGUACCGGUAAUUAUUAGGAAACAUUAUUUUGUUUCUUCUCCACUAGCUACUGCUCAAACCAAUAAGUUGCGUACAAAAUUAUGCGCCCAACAAAAGAAAUUGUAGUUAGAAGAAUGUAAACAUUGAUUUCAAGGACUGUCUUCAAUAGAUCAUGAAAUCAACGAGUGUUUUUACAAUUCAGUGGCCAGUUCUCAUUAGGUGCGUUCAGUUUCAAGCACCCAGAGCACACGCAUUUUACUUUUCAUCAGAUGAUUAUAUCUGUAUUUGUAAAGGAACAAUUGAAUACAGAUAUAGUAAGCAUAGCAUGGUCUGAUAAUAAGUGAAAUGUGCGUAUUCGUGGCACUUGAGUAUCUAUGCACCUCCUCGAUGAGAAUCGACAACUAAAUUGUUAAACCUUCGUUGAUUUUAUGAUCUAUUGAAGACACUCAUUGGAAUUCAAGUUGAGAUUCUUCCUACUACAAUUUCUUCUGUUGUUGAUAUUCUAGAAUGAGAGAUGAGUGGCUAGUAGAAGUCACACCCUUGAUCGCAAUCGUAUACAAGAAUCAUCAUAAUCUUUCUCUUGUAUAGUUAUUUCUCUGAUUGAUCUCCAAUGAUAACCAAUAAUUUUCAUGAGAAAUAAUAUCAACUGAUUCAGAUAAUUCAUUUCAAUGGAGAGGAUUCAUGAGACGUCACAAAGGAUUCCUUUAUCAUGAUCCAAAUCUGAUGUUUGUUACCGUGAUUUAAUUAGAAUAAUUUAUUGUAACAAUAAACUAUUCCUACGUAAUAAUAUUCUCGACAUAUUCAUAAUACUUGUAAGAAAUGAAAAAAUGGAAAAUUUGUAUAAUUUUAAUCCAUAGAAUAAAUUUAAAG